GCAAAACCUGUCUUUUGCCACCAGGUUAUCGCUCUGACAUUGCAUGAAUAUUGACCUAUGUCGUCUUCCAUCAAAUUGGACCAACUACCGUUCGACGUUUUCCUCAGUAUCAUCGCCUUUUCGGAUGUUCAAGAUGUAUGUAACCUCCGGCUGACUUGCAAAUAUCUCUGGGAACAAAUUGGUGAACGCGCCGUCUGGGACUCGCUGUACAGAACAUCGCGUCUUCCCCGCCCUCCGGGGCCUCAUCCAACGCAAUCCCGGCAAACGUUGGAAGAUCUCCUAGUGCGCACGCAGAACGUGCACACAAAUCUAUUUCAGAGGCGUGAACCGACACGUUCGCGUACGUACGAAGUUGGAGGGGAGGAGACACUGACUCUUGCGGACCGAUGGCUACUUACGAGGUUCCCGGAGAAGGUCGUCUGUCGCGAUAUCGACGCCCCCGGUUCGGAGGAGCCAACAAUUUCUGUCGCAUGGGAAGCCCAGCAAGAAAGAGGAUUCCUCCUGUCGUCAAUGGAUUGCCUGGAUGUCACGUCGUAUAAUGGGCAGAAGAGGGCGUUUCUGGUCUUGGAGCAGCGGGAAGUGGUGCCGAGGCCGGAUGGCCUGCGUACAUCUGAGAUGAUCCUGAUCCAGGUGCACAUAGGAAGGCAAAAAGCUGCCCCGGAGUUGCACUUUGAAGAAGUCUAUCGCUGCUCUCGCUUUUCCGUUGGUUUCGCGUUCGCUCUGCUAAGCCCCCGAGUUCUUGCAGUCCAUUGGAUGGGUAGACACGGUCAAUGCUACAUCUGGGACAUUGAGGAUCUCUACAAGGAACCGACAGUCAUUCCAAACGAUAGACUUUCAUCUUCCGAACACGCUUGGGUCCCGUACCAUCUUGCUUGUCGGACACAUCUCCUCUCAAUUAUUGAUGCGCCGGAGGAGCCUAGUCCUCAAACGCGGAUCCUUGUCUCGCCAAUUAAUUCCGUCCUGUCAGGCGAUCCACGGGCGACUGCCUCAGGCAUCCUGGAGGGAUCAUACUUCCGAUCUGUCGCCAUCCUUUGUGAUUCAGUGAUAGACCGGGAUACGGGUGAAACAGAAGUCGUUAUAGUCGGUCUCCUUUACCCUCAAACAAGCUCCCCCGGCGGGCAAUUCGUCGUCGCUCGCCUGGUGGUCCCACCCGACGACGGCGCCAACCAAGAGCGCGAACUUGGGGUACACGUGCAAACAAUCAUGAUGCUCUUCUCCAUACCCGACACGGUUAUCAUGAUCCCUUCGUGGACUGGCAGCGGGCGAUUCCUGUAUUCGACUGAGGACCGAGAGAAUGGGGAGUUGAGGGCAGCAGAAGUUGUGUAUGACGAUAAGACACAGGAGGCGUCAGUGCUCAGUUUCUCGAUCGGCGAUUUGAGUGGUAUUCAGACGGAUUUUAUGAGGAGGUACGCGGAGCUCAUUUGUUUCGAGGACGAAGUGUGGUGGGGGAGGGUGUGUUAUACGUACAAUGAGGAACCUGACUCGGAGGGACAGGCUCAAGCAAGAGCUCAAGACAUAUGGGCGUGGCGGCACGAAGGGCGUCGGAUGCUGCGUGUUCUGGAUUUUUCGUAGCUACAUGAUGAGCAUCUAUAUAAUCUAGAUUUUCUAUACUGUUCAAUGCAAC